UCCCUCCUUCCGUCCCCGCCCUCCCUCCGGUGGCGAGACGCGGCUGCGUUUUGCGUACGCCGAGGCAAAGGCAAAGGCAGCGCCGCCGCAGCCGGACUGAGCGGCCGUCGGAGCGCAGCGCCAGCGGGCUGGAGCCGCCCGAAGCCACGGUUUUUGCCCCGCUCCCUGGGGAUAGCGACCCGCUGGUGGCCGUGUGGUGUCUUUCGCGAGCGAAGGGGAUCCGGCGGGAGCCACGAUGUCUGAGACUCUGGACCUGGAAAAGGGGUGCACAGUGGACGAGCUUCUGCAGGGCUGCAUCGAGGCCUUUGACGAUGAGGGCAAAGUUCGAGACCCCCAGCUGGUCCGCAUGUUUCUCAUGAUGCACCCCUGGUACAUCCCUUCCUCGGAGCUGGCCGCCAAGUUGCUUCAGAUUUACCAGGAGUCUCGCGGGUCAGAAAACAGCUCUCUGCAAGUCAAGACUUGCCACUUGGUCCGAUACUGGAUCUCAGCGUUCCCAGCAGAAUUCGACCUAAACCCAGAGCUGGCCGAGCAGAUCAAGGAACUGAAGGAGCUUCUGGGCCGGGAAGGGAACCAACGUCACAGCAGCCUCAUUGACAUAGAGAGCGUCCCCACCUACAAGUGGAAGAGGCAAGUCACACAGCGCCAGCCAGUGGCCCAGAAGAAGCGCAAGACAUCCCUUCUCUUUGACCACUUGGAGUCGGGGGAACUGGCCGAGCACCUCACCCACCUGGAGUACCACUCCUUCAGCAAGAUCCUGUUCCAAGACUACCACAGUUUCGUCAUGCAUGGCUGCACGGUGGACAACCCCAUCCUGGAGCGCUUCAUCACCCUCUUCAACAGCGUCUCCCAGUGGGUGCAGCUCAUGGUGCUCAGCAAGCCCACUGCCCAGCAGCGAGCCCAGGUUAUCACUCGCUUCGUCAUGGUGGCCCAGAGGCUCCUCCAGCUGCAGAAUUUCAACACCCUGAUGGCCGUGGUGGGGGGGCUCAGCCACAGCUCCAUCUCCCGCCUCAAGGAGACCCACAGUUUCGUGAGCCAGGAGACCACCAAGGUCUGGGAGUCACUGACAGAAUUGCUGACGUCCGUGGGGAACUACAGCCGUUACCGGCGGCGCUUUGCCGAGUGUGUGGGCUUUAAGUUCCCCAUCCUGGGGGUCCACCUCAAGGACCUGGUGGCCGUCCACGUGGCCCUCCCUGACUGGCUGGACCGGGCGCACAAGUGCCUCAACGGGAACAAGAUGCAGCAGCUGUUCAGCAUCCUCAGUGAGCUGGCCAUGGUUCAGAGCAUCCGCCCGCCCUUCGAGGCCAACCCCGACCUCCUCAACCUGCUCAUGGUCUCCCUGGAUCAGUACCAGACAGAAGAGGAGAUCUACCAGCUCUCUCUGCAGCGGGAGCCCCGGAACAAAUCCACGCCUUCCAGCCCCACGUCCUCCACCCCCCCACCCCAGCCCGUGGUCAUUGAGGAGUGGGCAUCAGUGCCUAAACCCAAACCGGACCAGGCGAUUGUGCGGAAGCACAUUGAGAAGAUGGUUGAGUCCGUCUUCAGGAACUUCGAUGUGGAUGGAGACGGGCACAUUUCCCAGGAAGAGUUCAAGAUCAUCCGGAAUAACUUCCCGUACCUGUGCAAAUUUGGAGACCUGGAUGAGAAUCAGGACGGCUGCAUCAGUCGGGAAGAGAUGAUCUCCUACUUCAUGAAGUCCAGCACAGAUCUCAACGGCAAGAUGGGCUUCAUCCACAGCUUCCACGAGACCACGUUCCUGCGCCCCGUGGCAUGUCGCCACUGCAAAGGCCUGAUCCUUGGACUCUACAAGCAAGGACUAAAAUGUCGGGCCUGCGGGGUGAGCUGCCACAAGCAGUGCCGGGACCUCCUCUCCGUCGAGUGCCGCAAACGCACCAAAAGCGUCAGCCUGGACGGCCCUGCCUCUCUACCUGCCCGCUCCUUCAGCUUCUCCUUGCCCCGGCCCGGGCGGGCAGCAUCUCUGCGGCAUACAGAAAUCCAGGAAGAGGACACGCAAGCGGUGGAGGACGGGGUCUUUGACGUCCACCUAUGAGGCCGAUGUCAGAGGGGGCAGCCUGGAGGGCUGGCGUGUCAGAACCAUCUCCUCCGUGGACACCCCCCCCCAAAGCCCUCAGCCGUGGCCUUCCAGUGACCUCCCCCCAACUCAAGUGGGAUUCUGUGUGUUUUCAUGGGGUGGGCUUGAGAUAUGAAGAGAGGCGGCCCACUGAGGUUUCGUCCGGAGCCCCUCCUUCUCCUUGGACACACCUUCUGGGGGGUGCUGGGGCCUCUUCCUCCGAUCGCAGGCCUUCCCGAAACGUGUGUAUAUUUGUAUCAAGAACUGGACUCAAAGGUGUAAUAAUAAUUAUAAUAAAUUUGACACUUCCUGCC